AUGAGUUGCCUUAGUUGGAACUGUCGUGGGCUUGGGAACCCACAGACAGAGGAUGAAGUAGUUGCUCUUGUGAUUACAAAAGAUCCCAAGUUGGUUUUCUUAAUGGAAACCAAAGCUGAUAAACCUAUUUUGGAAAGGGUUGGUAAACGGAUUCAAUUUACUAAUCUUUUCUUUGUUCCUCGUAUUAAUUCAGGUGGUGGUCUUGCAUUGUAUUGGAAAUCUAAGCUUGUUGUGGCUGUUCAGUCUUAUUCAAAUCUCCACAAAGAUGCUUUUAUCAACCAUGGAGCGGAUGACGCCUGGCGUUUCACAGGUUUCUAUGGAGAUCCUGAGACUGCCAACCGGGAAAACUCCUGGUCUUUACUUCGAGAGUUGAGCCGCCGUUCAACCUUACCUUGGGUAUGUAUGGGGGAUUUCAAUGAAAUUUUGUUUGCUGAUGAGAAACUGGGUUGGUUGGAUAGGCCAGAGAGACAAAUGCAGAGUUUUAGGGAUGCCUUGGACUACUGUAUACUGAAAGAUCUUGGCUUCAAUGAUUCUGAGUAUAAGCGUUUUUAUGGAAGGGGCAAAUUGUUCCGUUUUGAAGCAAUGUGGUUAAAAGACCUUUCCUGUGAAUCGGUGAUUAAAGAUGCUUGGGGUGAACACGCUAUGUCUGAAUCGGUCUGGGGAUUCCAAAAAAAGAUUGUGGCUUGUCAAAAUAAUUUGAAGGUGUGGAACAAAAAUUGUUUUGGGCAUGUCCGUAACUCUUUACAAAAGAAACUUAAAGAAUUGCAGGAGGCAAAAGAAGGUGGUAGCUAUCGAACUAACCCAAGGAGAAUCUACAUGUUGAGGGAAGAAAUCCAAAGGCUGAAAAAUAGGGAAGAAUGCAUGUGGAAGCAGCGGUCCUGGAAUGCUUGGCUCAAGGAAGGGUUGCUAGGCCGUGACUUCCAAGCUAGUGAGGUUAAGCUUGCUCUUGAUCAAAUGGCCCCUCUUACCGCCCCUGGACCUGAUGGUAUGUCCCCUAUCUUUUAUAAAUCUUUUUGGCACAUUGUGGGUAAAGAUGUUACUUCUGUGGUGCUUAAUGCUCUUAAUUCUGGUGUGGUCCCUGAGUCGUUAAACUCCACUUUUAUUGCUUUAAUCCCAAAAGUAAAACACCCUAAGAAAGUGGCAGAUUUCCGCCCUAUCAGUUUGUGUAAUGUGGUUUAUAAACUGAUUUCUAAGGUUUUGGUGAAUCGUUUGAAAAAAUUCCUUGCUUUUGCUAUUUCGGAAACUCAGAGUGCAUUUUUAUCAGGUAGACUUAUAUCGGAUAAUGUGCUUGUGGCCUUUGAAACUCUUCACUACCUUAAAAGGAAAACCAUUGGGAAGGUGGGCCAGAUGGCUUUGAAGCUUGAUAUGAGUAAGGCUUAUGACAGGGUAGAAUGUGAAUUCCUGGAGCAGGCUAUGCGGCAUCUUGGGCUGGGGGAGAGGAUGAUGAUAAGUGUGCUGUUUUGCAGUGCUAAAGAAGCUGAGUGCCAGAAGAUUCUUGAUAUUCUGGCUAUUUAUGAGAGAGGGUCGGGGCAGAAAAUUAACCGGGAGAAAACUAAUUUAUUUUUUAGCUCCAAUACUCCUCAUGAGGUCCAGGUCCGGAUUCAACAGGUUUUGGGUGUUCCUUCUAUCCGUCAAUUUGAAAAAUAUUUGGGUUUGCCGGCAUUGGUGGGUAGGGCAAAAAAACAAAGCUUCAUUUACAUCAAAGAAAGGGUAUGGAAAAAGCUUCAAGGGUGGAAAGAAAAAUUACUGUCUCAGGCGGGUAGGGAAGUGCUGAUUAAGUCAGGGUAUAGUGGAGAGCAUCGGAAAACCCACUGGGUAAAAUGGGAACGAUUAUGUGAAGCCAAAGAAGUGGGUGGUCUGGGUUUUAGAGAGAUUGAAAAAUUUAAUGAUGCCUUAUUGGCUAAACAAGUCUGGAGAAUGAUCAAUAACACUGAUUCUCUUUGUCAUCGUGUCUUUAAGGCACGGUUCUUUCCGAAUUGUUCCAUCUUAGAUGCAAAAGAAUCCAGUUCCGGUUCUUACGCAUGGAAGAGCAUUAUUGGUGCUAGAGACGUGAUUCGAAAAGGUAUGGUUUGGCGUAUUGGGACAGGGGAGGCAGUGCGUAUUAAGGAGGAUAGGUGGCUGCCUGGACAUGUUAACUGUUCGGUCAUUUCUCCCCUUCCUUCUAUGGCCUCGGAUGUGAAAGUGAGUUCUUUGAUUGAUCCAGAUAGAGUAGCUUGGAGAACAGAGGUUGUGCAGCAACUAUUUCUACCCCAUGAAGCUGACAUUAUCUUGGGAAUUCCAUUGAGCUCUUGA